AUGUUUGUGAUCCAGCUGGCAUUCCUAUGUCUAGGCGUCAGCCUAACCACUGCACAACCUAGUUCACCUUUCAAGGCAAAUAAGUUUCCUUUUAAAAAGGUUCACUACUCAUCAAACCCUAGCGAUCGCCUUAUUAAGCGAGACAACUAUAAGAAGCUUGACUUGAGACAUCUUGGCGUCUUGUAUACUGCGGAAAUUGAAAUUGGUUCAGGCAAAACUGAAAUCGAAGUUAUUGUUGACACCGGAUCUGCAGAUUUGUGGGUAAUUGACUCAAAUGCAGCCGUAUGCGAUUGUCCUAUCUUGAGAUACAAGUUUCAGGAAAACCAUCUUUUGAAGAGAAACGAGGCCUUGAAUUUUGAUGUCGAUCUGAAUAAGCCCAUUUGUGAUCAAUUUGGAUCCUUCAAUCCACAGUCAUCAAGAACUUUUCAAAGCAACGACACAGCAUUUAGUAUCAGAUAUCUGGACAACUCUUUUGCCAAUGGAUCGUGGGUGAGGGAUACGGUUUAUGUUGGUGAUUUUGAAAUUGACCAGCAAAGUUUUGCAUUGGUUGAUAUCACAAAUAACUACAUGGGAAUUCUGGGCCUUGGUCCUUCUAGUCAGCAGACAACCAAUAGUGAUCCUACAGAUAACAGUUUCACUUAUCUUGGUAUUCUGGAUUCUUUGCGGGCCCAAGGAUUCAUUAAUUCAGCCUCGUACUCGGUUUAUCUGGCCCCAGAUGGUAAGACUGAUGAUACUGAUCACGAUGAUGGUGAGAUCCUGUUUGGUGCUAUCGACGAGGCUAAAAUUAAUGGACAGUUGAAGUUGUUUCCAUAUGUCAAUCCUUAUAAAUCGGUAUACCCUGACCAAUACGCUUCAUACAUCACCGUUUCCAGUAUUACUGUAGCCAGUUAUUUUAGUAGCCGCUUGGUUGAAAGAAUCCCUCAAUUAGCUCUUUUAGACACUGGUGCCACAUUUUCUUACUUGCCAACUUAUACGCUGAUACGUCUCGCCUAUGCCAUCCAUCCUGGUUUUGAGUAUGUCCGACAACUGGGUUUAUUUAUUAUAGAGUCAAACGUACUCUCCAGUGCGAGACAAAGUACCAUUGACUUCCGGUUUGGCAAAGACGUAGUAAUUCGAUCCAAUGUUUCAGACCAUCUACUCGACGUAUCACAAUACUUCACAUCUGGACAUUAUCUUGCACUUACCAUCCAUGAAAGUGUCGAUGGGCUUCUCAUUUUGGGUGACACGUUUAUCAAGUCCACCUACUUAUUUUUCGACAAUGAUAACAGUGAAUUGGGUAUUGGUCAGAUCAAAAUUACCAAUGACGAGGAUAUUCAAGAAGUUGGUGAAUUCACCUUAGAACGCGAUUCAGACUAUUCUUCUACAUGGUCCAUUUACUCUUAUGAAACUUCUUUGGAUCCCUUAAGCACUGGCACUGGUACGGGGUCAACCUAUUCUCCUACUCGCAGUACUACAGCUAGAAGCGAACCGACUACGUCUCGACGCUCCACCACCCUUCAACCCAGAACAACUGUGAUUCCUUCUAUUGACAGGCUUUCAUUGAACAGCAUAACUAGUCAUGGUUCCUCUACUAACGGAACCUCCCCAACUAAUGAGACUUCUUUUGCUGAGGAUGGAGGAACUUUGACACCCGAAGAAGCUUCUUUGACAACUUCACUAAAUUCUGCUACUAUUUCUGAGACUACUUUUGUCGAUGUUGAAACUUCUACUACCAAUGGUGCUUCAGUUGUAUCUUUGAGUGUUGGUCCCUGCAUUAUUGCCUUCCUACUACUCAUCUCUUAA